GUUUGGUUCUGACGAGUUGAAAAAACAAUUCCUCAUACCAACUAUAGCUGGAGAUUUUGUGGCUUGCUUGGGAAUCAGUGAAGCUGGAGCUGGGUCAGAUGUUGCAAAUAUUGAGGCAUAUGUUUGUUUAAGUCGGAACUCUGAAAUUGAUGGCCUCCUCAAUAUCAAGACGACAGCUGUGAGAAAAGGCGAUGAAUAUGUCGUAAAUGGUGGUAAGAUGUGGACUACGUCUGGGUGCCAAGCAGACUGGAUGUGCCUGCUGGCAAACACCAGUGAUGGACCUCCCCAUCGAAAUAAAUCUCUCAUAUGUCUGCCAAUGAAUCUACCUGGCGUUCAUGUUGCCAAAAAGAUAGACAAACUGGGCAUGAGGUCGUCGGACACAGCUCAGAUCUUUUUCGAAGACGUCAGGGUCCCCAGCAAAAACCUCAUUGGCGAGGAAGGAAAGGGUUUUAUGUAUCAGAUGUUGCAGUUCCAGGAAGAGCGACUGUGGGGAGUAGCCACUGUCCUGACACCGCUGGAAGCUACAAUACAAGAAACUAUUGACUACACUCGCCAGCGGAAAGCGUUUGACCGGCCGGUCCUGCACAACCAAGCCGUGCACUUCCGCCUGGCCGAGCUGGCAACCGAAGUGGAGCUGCUGCGCUCGCUGCUGUACCGCACUGUUGCUCUCUAUGUGGAAGGCAAGGAUGUGACAAAAUUUGCCUCCAUGGCUAAGCUAAAGGCAGGUCGUCUGGCCCGUGAAGUGACUGAUAGCUGUCUCCAGUUUUGGGGAGGAAUGGGAUUCACCAGCGAGGUUCUGGUGAGCAGAUUUUACAGAGACUUGAGAUUAAUGUCGAUAGGAGGUGGUACAGAUGAAACCAUGCUUUCCAUCAUAUGCAAAUACAUGGAAACACUUCCAAGCAAGUGACGCAUCUCAGCUCUUCUUGAAAACCGAGCAAGAGCAUGGCUUGUACCUCACACCGAAGG